GCCCCCAGCGCGCCUGGCCGCCGGGAAGCGGGAGGAGACAGCGCGGGGCCCCGCGCCGCUCGGCCCGCAGUCCUCGGCCGCGGAACGGAGCCGGCGCCGCGCGAGCCCGAGUCCAGCCCGAGCCGCCCGGCCGCCUUUGUCUGCACCUCGCGCCUGGGUCGGGGACAGCUCCCCCCGCGGCGGGCGCGGGCCGAUGCCCCCGCAGCAGGGGGACCCCGCGUUCCCGGGCCGCUGCGAGGCGCCGCCCGUGCCGCCCCGCCGGGAGCGUGGGGGGCGCGGGGCCGGGGCGCCGGGGGGCCGGGGGCGCGCGGGCGGCGCGGAGGGGCGCGGCGUCAAGUGCGUGCUGGUCGGCGACGGCGCGGUGGGCAAGACCAGCCUGGUGGUGAGCUACACCACCAACGGCUACCCCACCGAGUACAUCCCCACCGCCUUCGACAACUUCUCAGCUGUGGUUUCCGUGGAUGGGCGGCCCGUGAGACUCCAGCUCUGUGACACUGCAGGACAGGAUGAGUUCGACAAGCUCCGGCCUCUGUGCUACACCAGCGCCGACAUCUUCCUCCUGUGCUUCAGUGUCGUGGGCCCCUCCUCCUUCCAGAACGUCAGUGAGAAAUGGGUGCCGGAGAUUCGCUGCCACUGUCCCAAAGCCCCCAUCAUCCUCGUGGGGACGCAGUCGGAUCUCAGAGAAGACGUCAAAGUCCUCAUCGAGCUGGACAAAGGCAAAGAGAAACCCGUGCCCGAGGAGGCGGCCAGGUUGUGUGCUGAGGAAAUCAAAGCUGCCUCCUACAUCGAGUGCUCGGCCUUGACUCAGAAGAACCUCAAAGAGGUCUUUGAUGCAGCCAUCGUCGCCGGAAUCCAGUACUCGGACUCUCAGCAGCAGCCCAGGAAGUCCAAGAGCAGGACUCCGGACAAGAUGAAGACCCUGUCCAAGUCCUGGUGGAAGAAGUACUGCUGUUUCGUAUGAUGCUGGUGGGGCCCCGACGGGCUGUGUUCCGACGAACUCCGCACUAGAGGCUAUAUUAGCUGAAACGACUCCUUUGACCAUGUAGAACCUGUAUAGAGAAUGCGCGUGUAUAUGGAUUAUAGGAGAUGCUCCAAUGUAUGUAUCCUUUCUCGCCUUUGACCUUCUCGUUUGUUUGAGCCGAGGGAUGAGAUACUUAUGCAAGAGAUUUUUGAAGUAAGUUAAGCGUUUGUCAUGACUCUGGGAAUUUAGAGCUCUAGACCUUUGGAUUAAUUUAUAUCUAAUAUGAAAAGUCACCUCAGAUCUGGGCGUCCAGAGUGAAAUUUUGCCACGAGAUAAUGCACAGAAGAACAAAGAGGAAAUGGCACAGUUAGCUGUCCCUUGAUUGAGGGCCAGCUACGGUCAGAGUAACUCUUAGCUUUGAAACCUCAUACUUUUCCCCCUUUUUUUUUAAGGAGCAAAAAUCUGAGAAAAAAAAAGAGAGAGACCUCUGCCUAUAAAACCUCAAAUCAGUCACUUUGGUUGUAUUCUUAUACCUGGUUCCUUAAGAUUUAAAAGCAACCAACAAAAAAACAUGCCACUAACUAUGGUGCUGUGUAGACCAAAAAGGAAAAGUUGUUGAUGGGAGUUUUUCAUCCUGAGACCGUAUCAACAGCCAAAAUGCCAUGAGGAGUGUAGCAAGUGAUAGCUCUGUUUUCUUUAGGGAGUGAUUCGCGUUGAGCUCAGAGCAUGGUAUUUGCUGUCAUACACAUGAGCCAAACUGCCUGAACCUCUGUGAUGACAGCGCUCAGGAGACCUGUCGGGGUUGUUUCUUACCUUCUAGGCUUCCCUUGCCCCAUCUUCAGGGGGCGUGAACCCUCUUGCAAGGCCUGUAGCAGGCAGAUGUUUGGGGGACACAAAAUGUCCUUUUUUUCCUGAAGUCAGCGUAAAGGUACUUCUUUGUGUACGCACGCAAACACGGAUAUAGAGGUGGCCAUUCUUCCUUCUGAUUCAGACUUUUAAACAGUUAAUGGGAAAAAAUGGGGCCCCAGAAACAGCUGUGAGGGAAGCCUGGCUUCCUCUUUUAACACUUUCUGGAACAGAUCUCUUUUUGAUGAUGCCUUGAGAUGUGAUUCUAGGUGGAUCUUCACACAUUUUGGAGCCCAUGUUAAAACAUGAGCGUCUCUUAGAACCUAUUUUAAUAUGAAUGUCUCUUGAAACCUAUUAAAACAGCCAGUGAAAUCCACACAUGCCUUUCAGGGAGCUGGUGAUAGAGACAGCGCCUCCUGUGGGAUCGGUGGUGGCAGGGACCGCAGCACCCUUGCUCAGCUGUCUCCUCACUGUGGAACAGUCAGAAAACCACAGAUUGGUGACAUGUUUGUGUUCUUCCAGGUGGCGGUUUUUAGGGCUUCAUGUUCUGGAGGGGAAAAGUACCUGAAGUGCCAGAGAGCAGUUUUACUCUGGGAUGGGGCUGCUUCUGAGAUGCCGAGAAGUAGCUGAAUGCAUCAGAUUGUGACGUCAGGCUUGCAGUGGUGAUGCAGAUCUACCAAUAUCAGUCAGUAACUGGGGAAAUCUCUGUAAUGCCAGCAGGUAGAGGAGUUUAUCCUUCUGUGGGUCUUGUCCUUUUUAUGUUAAAAAAAAAAAUCCAAUUUGUGUUUCUUUUUACAGAAAGUAAAUGAUCAGACUAUAGGUUACAGGCUUCUUUUAUUUCUAUUAGUAAAUAAAAUUAACUAAUUUCCUUGUUUAAAAACUGAAAAACAUGCUGUUUAUUAUUUAUUUUUCAGCACAUUGAAAUUGAUAUCAUUGCUUCCUGAAGCGUUUAGUUACAUCCUGAGUGGAUAAAAUUACUUCAUUUGUGGAAAUGCCCCAAACUUACCUAAUGAAAUGUGUUCGAAGCUUGGUGCCUGGCUCACCUACCCGUGAGCUUCCCAGACGGGGCUCUGCCUGCCCUGGUGUGGAGUGGGUGAGGAAGGGUUAUUUGACUGGCAAGUGAUUUCAAACAGUAUUUUUAUAGUAAAGCAAAUGUCAUGGAGUAAAAUGCAAGUUAAUUUUUAAGACUGAACACAAAACUUGAAAGAAAUUUUAUGCCUGUGACAGCAUAUGGGGCUCUUCUUGGUCCCCCGGUGGAGGGGGGAACCUUUGCCACCCUCUGCCUUUAGGGCCAGCGGUUGGUGAGGAACACCUCUGUGGUCCAGUUCCAGAGCUUUACUUGUGUUUCAUUUUCAGCCCCGCUUGAUGCAGCCUGUACUAUUAGUGCGAAAAAUCCAGAAGGUUGACACUGAGAUGCAACAGGUUUUAAUAUGUUGCCAAAUUUAUAGAAGAGUAAAUGCACAAUUGUACUCGAGGUUUUCCUCCAUUUUUACUUCUUGGUGAAAAUAAAGAUUUGGGCAGAAAAGUUUUUAAAAGUAUGUGCUCGAGUUAAAUAUAAAUUUGAUUCACUUCAGAGCUCAGACGUUGUUAAACUUACAGCUUGGUAUCGAGGAGGAUGUUUUAUCAGAGUUGUGUUUUGGGAAAUACCCUAGCAUAAGUCCCGCGGUGUAGGCCCGUCAUAAUUUAACAAUACAGGGUCCUCUACAACUGUCAUCUCUUUUCACCAUGUGUGUAGAAAUGAACCUUUUGUAAUGUUGAUCUCUGUGCUUGACACACUUAUGAGAAACCACCCACCUCUUACACAAGCCCAGAGGAGGGCAGGUCUUCUCCCCAGUUUUCUAAAAGGAACAGCAGGUGCAAAGGCCCUGAGGCAGGUUACCUGGUGCCUUACCAAGUCAUACUUUUCUGUUUUUCCAUCAUGUGGCACGCAGGAUCUUAGUUUCCCAACCAGGGAUCAAACCCACACCCCCUCCAGUGGAAGCGCAGAGUCUUAACCACUGGACCACUGGGGAAGUUCCCAUACUUUUCUGUUUUUAAGUGUAAAUGAUGUUGAGCAGAACGCUCUCCUUGAAGAUGCUCUCCAGGAGGUGGUAGGAAAUAAAUUCUGACUUGUGGCUCUAACGGCACCUGUGUUUUCUACCAAAGAAUUUCUUUGGGAGUGAAGAGAAGUUCAGGGGUGUGGAGAAGCAGGCCCCUGAGGUGUGGUGGGAAUGCGUCUGUUCAGGGUGGGGUUUGAGAAUUCCGGGUUCCAUCUGAGAUGAGCACCCUGUGGGUCUGUGUCUGUGAUGGGCUGUGUGCUGACCUCCCUGUCUGUUCUAGGAGCCCAAGUCCAGGCCCAGAGCAGCAGUGAGCAUGGGGUGACGCUGAGGUCACAGAUAUGCCUGGGCUUCCUCCUGUGGGGACAGGGCUGCCCUUCUCACAGGCCGUUGGUGUCCUGGGUGAGAGCACAGGUGCACACAUGGGGUAAACGUCUGCAGUGGCCCUGGGAGGAACCUGGGCUCCACCAGCUUCACAGUGAAGGCCAGCAGGGUUCCCCAUCUGCAGGGGGUGGACAGCUUUCCUGGUCCUUUAGCGAAGGACAGGCCUGUCUCCUUCCUUCCCCACAUCACCUUCCAUGUCAAGGCUACGACUCUUUUGUAUCCACUGACCAGUCAACCACAGUGGACUAGAAAACUGGGCAGAGAGCCACUAGAACCACCGCCCACCCGCAUGUGUCCUGGAGUGCCGAAAGCCAGCCAGCCAGCCAGCCUCCUGGCCCCCACUGGCCUCCGAGAGCAGCCUGACCCUUGCCCAGAGGCACCUGGAAGUUUCUCCUCACCCGGCCCCAGUCCGACCUCCCUUAUCUGGGUCAGGCCUUCCCGGGGUACAAGGACAGAGCUCCCAGUCCCUUUAGAGGAGUUCGGGCGUCUUCACAGAGAUGUUCACAUGACCUGAAAGGAGAUGAGGGGAGAAAAGUUUUCUAAAAGGAACAGCAGGUGCAAAGACCCGGAGGCAGGCAGAGGAAUGUCUGGCAUGUCCUGGAGGCCGGUGUGGGUGUGGACAGAACAGAAGGAGUGCA